UGCAUCACCAACGAGGUUAUUUUUCGUUAUUUAAUUAAUACUCAUCAAGCUAUUACCAAGCUUCACUCCAUAUAAGCUGGUAAAGUUCUUAUCUGCGACAGAGAUAAAGUGAUACACACAAAAAAUUGUGGACAUGGAUUCCCUGAAAGCUAACCCAACCACACACAGCCACAUCCACAUAGUAGCCAUGCCUUAUCCAGGUCGCGGCCACAUCUACCCCAUGAUGAACCUCUGUAAGAUACUUGUUUCGAAAAACAACAAUAUUCUCGUCACCUUCGUUGUCACUGAAGAAUGGCUUGGUUUCAUCGGCUCCGACCCAAAGCCCGACAACGUUCGCUUCAGCUCCAUACCCAACGUUAUUCCGUCAGAGCUAGUCCGUGCCGCAAACUUUAACGCCUUCAUCGAAGCUACCAGGACAAAGUUGGAAGCUCCAUUUGUGCAGCUCCUUGAUCGGAUUGAGCUGCCGCCGGUGACAGUUAUUUUAGCUGAUAUCACUCUUUUCUGGGCAGUUGGCGUUGGGAACCGAAGAAAUAUUCCGGUCGCAGCCUUUUGGCCUUCGUCGCCGUCUAUGUUUAUGAUCCUCCAGCAUUUCGAUCUUUUAGUUCAAAACGGUCAUUUCACUGCUGACAUCUCGGAUGAGGAGCGUGUAGAGUACAUUCCUGGAAUUUCUUCCACACGGCGAGUGGAUAUUCCGUUUGAUGGUAGAAACCAAGAAAUGACGAACUGGUUCUUUGAAAUUUUUUCGUGGGUAAGCAAAGCACAGUACCUCUUAUUCACUUCUAUCUAUGAGCUGGAAUCCAAAGCAAUCGAUGUUUUAAAAGAAAAAUUUUCAUUCCCUGUAUAUGCUAUGGGCCCGACCAUACAUGACUUGGAUCUUGGAGAAAAUACAAAUCUUAGUGACAACAAUUAUCUACAUUGGCUAGAUUGUCAACCUAAAAGUUCUGUUCUAUAUAUUUCAAUGGGAAGCUUUCUUUCAGUUUCUUGUGCCCAAAUGGAUGAAAUUGUAGCUGGUUUGCGUGAUAGUGGUGUCAGAUUCUUAUGGGUGGCACGUGAUGAGACUUGCAAGUUAAAAGAGGUUUGUGGUCAUAUGGGGUUAAUAGUGCCUUGGUGCGACCAAUUGAGAGUCUUAUCUCAUUCUUCCAUUGGAGGAUUUUUGUCACACUGUGGUUGGAAUUCCACUCGAGAAGGUAUGUUCUAUGGUCUUCCUUUUCUUACCUUCCCCAUAGCAUUUGAUCAAUUCUUUAAUAGUAAGCUAAUUGUGGAGGAUUGGAAAAUUGGAUGGAGGAUGAAGCAAAAUGUCAAAGCGGACAAUUUGGUGACAAGAGUGGAAAUUGCAAAGUUAGUGCAGAAAUUUAUGGAUUUGGAGAGUGAUGAGGUGAAAGAAAUUAGGACAAAAGCAAGUGAAGUUAAACAAAUAUGUCAACGUUCAGUUGCAAAAGGUGGAUCAGCUGAGACAAGCAUUAAUGCCUUCGUUAAGAACCUUUUAGAUUGCCAUGGUUAUUGAGUAAAUGUAACCAUUUUGUUCUUUGGUGGCACCAAUACAUUAGUUAGUGGCCAUUGUCUUUGAGAAUUCCAAGUUGAUCUUAAAUUUGGUUAUGAGAUUUACUGAUAAUCAACAUGAUUUUAGUGAAA